CUGGCAGCAAACCUCACCAUUUUGUCCUCCAAAAGGAAGGUGACUUUUAAGAAGCAAUCCAGAGGGUGUUAGGAAAGUAAAUAUUGUGGCCAGGAGAGAACUUAUUAUGUGUUUGCUGCUUAAAAAUUUGAAAAUAAGGCAGCUCAUGUGAACGAAACUAUUAUGGAAAUAUGUGUACAAUUAUGCCCAAGCAAUAGGCGCACAUUUAUAAAACCACUACCCUAAAAUAAAAGUUAAAGGCUUGAGAAGUGGGAAGGACUGUUUUCCAAUUCCAGGAGCAGUGUGGCCCUGUCAGUAACCAGGAGGUGGAGACCCCCACCCCACUGGGCCACACAGCACACCUCUUAGGGUUGAUUCUCCCAGGCAAGGCUUGAAGGAGCUACUGACAUUUCUCUUAAAAGAAUCAAUGAAUCUUUGUUUCCUUCUGUCUGCUCAUUUGACCUUAUUUUGUUGUGAAACAGAGAAGAAGAAAAAAAAGAAUUAAAUUGGUGGGGGGGACUGGAGUAGGCUAGGGGGCGGGGAGGUUGAGGCACAGGGAGGAAAGGAGAAGUCCAUGCUGUGACACCCGCAGACUAGAUCACAGGCUGCUUGAUCAUCACCCAGGAUGUUAUUGUUUGCUUGCUGGAGUCUUAUUUGUUCCUGCUUCUCAUUUCACAUUCUCACCCUGAUGUAAUAAGUCACCGUCUUCCCAGCCAUCAUCCUCGUAUUGACAAGCAAAUGUCACCUACGUUUGAUUGACAUCUGUUGCUCCUGAAUGCAGAAGUAUGAUUUAGGAAUCAAUUCUACUUAUUUAUUUAAAGCCAUUCUUGUGUGUCUUAUGUAUUUGUUGGUGGGAUGACUUGCCUAAUAUCUACUGGGAGCUUUCCAGUAAUAUGAUAAACCAUCCUGUUCUUUCUGCAGCUCACCCACUAAGAAUGGAGGCUCUUGUUUCUUGUAUUUCUCCUAUUUCUUCCCUCCCUCAAUGUACAUUUGGGAAAUCUGCUAUGGAGCUUGUAAGAACUCUUUCCAUAUCCUAGGAAAAGACGUUGCCCAGCACUUGUGUAAAUGCUCCUUGCUUGAUCUUUUGACGGCAUUUUGACAAGUGAUUAUUUCUCGUACAUUUAGCGACUUUAAGUAAAUGCAACUUCAGGUCCAUUGGCAGUAUCCCCUGAAAGAUUGCUAGAACUGUAAGCCUGUAAGUAGAGUACAUAUGUAUGCACUCACCACGGUGCAGCAUUUGUAAAAAGGACCAACCCCCCCCUCCCCCAGAUGCGGUGGACAUGUUCAUUUUAAAUCAUUCAGAAAUGUUAUUUGGCUUUUCAACAUACCUCGCUGUUCUUGGGGUAACAUCUUAUUCAUUUAGAAGGCAGAGGAGGAAAACCAUCAGGUUAAAAGAAAAUCACAUCUACCAUCUGGAAAAUUCUAAAAGGCCCUCCUUCUGUUAAAAGUGGCAUUUUGAGAAACACCUGAAGCACUGAUUGUAGAGGAGCCAGCAAAGAAACAUUGUCAACUCAGCCACCCUCCUUUCAACCUUCACCUCCACCCUCCAACUGGGGCUGCUGGCAGUGGGGAAAUCUGGGACUUAGGUGUGACCCUUGAGCCCUGAAAGCUGUCGCACAGCUGUCUCUCUCCCCCAGGUGGGUGCAGCAGGACCUGCCAUCGCUUGGUUCAGCAAGGGAGUAUUCAGAAUCUCACUGUUCAUCCAUGUGCAGAGAGAGAAAAAAAGAGAGGCCGAAAAAAAAAAAAUCCCACAUUGUCAGAGUAAUGCCAAACUCUCUCUGAGUGGGAUGAGCAGAGCAGAUGCUGCAAUGAGAUGCCAAAGCGGCUCCCCUUCCUCUGUGCCUUGGGUGCCUAUAAAUUGCUCCGGCGCGCGUUUGUCAGCCUCCUCUUCUCCUGGCAGGUGGUACCCAGGCAGAAUUCUGCCUUCAGUCUCUCUCUCGCUCCGCUCCCGGCCGUGAGGCGCUCGCCGCUGCUCGCUCGCUCCUCCACCCCAGCCCCGAGCCUCGCCGAGCCGACAGUGCCCGCCGCCGCCGCCGCUGGGCGCACCCGGGGGACGCCCGGGCCCACGCGGGGCUUUGGGGUGCGCGUCUAUUCGAGUUGUGGUGGUGGCAAAGGAGGAAGAGAGAAAGGAGGCAAUUAAAAAAAAAAAGGCAGCGGACGGGCGAACUGAGCGAGCGAAAGAAGAGGAGGAGGAGGCAGAAAAAGGCAACUUCAGACGGAAAGUUGGUGCGAACUGGCGCAGUCUGCAAAAACGGAAAAGUCGAUCGCAGGCGGCGGCGGCAUAAAAGUGUGAGCGGCCCGGGCGAGCGCAGGAGGCGGCGGCUGGCUCUGCCCUCCCAGUGGCCGCGCCGGAGCCCGCUGCAGCCACAGGUGCGAAGGAGCUCGCGGGAGGCGAGGGCGCCCCGCGCACCCCUCCCCCGACCCCCACCCCAGGCUCGGGACUUCGGCUCAAGUCACUGGGCGCCCGCGCUCCCUCCCCAGCCGCAGCCUCCGCGGGGGGAGCAGGAGUCGGCAGCAGCGGCCGGCGCCCGCCCGCCCAGGGGAGUUGGGGUUCGCAGGGGGUUGUUUUCGGCUCUGAAGAGGUCCCCGCCCAACCUUCAAAAUUCUGUCCAAAAGCAGACAAGAGGAUCGCCCCGCGCUGAGCCGGCUGGUGGGCAGCAGGAGGCGCCUGAUCGCCGCCGGGGCGCUGGGGGUGGUGAUGGUGCUGCUGCUGGUGAUCCUCAUCCCGGUGCUGGUGAGCUCGGCCGGCACGUCGGCGCACUACGAGAUGCUGGGCACCUGCCGCAUGGUCUGCGACCCCUACGGGGGCACCAAGGCGCCCAGCACCGCUGCCACGCCCGACCGCGGCCUCAUGCAGUCCCUGCCCACCUUCAUCCAGGGCCCCAAAGGCGAGGCCGGCCGACCCGGGAAGGCGGGUCCGCGCGGGCCCCCCGGAGAGCCCGGGCCGCCGGGCCCCAUGGGGCCCCCGGGCGAGAAGGGCGAGCCGGGCCGCCAAGGCCUGCCGGGCCCGCCCGGGGCGCCCGGCCUGAACGCGGCCGGGGCCAUCAGCGCCGCCACCUACAGCACGGUGCCCAAGAUCGCCUUCUACGCCGGCCUCAAGCGGCAGCACGAAGGCUACGAGGUGCUCAAGUUCGACGACGUGGUCACCAACCUCGGAAACCACUACGACCCCACCACCGGCAAGUUCACCUGCUCCAUCCCGGGCAUCUACUUCUUCACCUACCACGUCCUGAUGCGCGGAGGGGACGGCACCAGCAUGUGGGCUGAUCUCUGCAAAAACAACCAGGUGCGUGCUAGUGCAAUUGCCCAGGAUGCUGAUCAGAAUUACGACUAUGCCAGUAACAGUGUGGUUCUUCAUUUGGAGCCGGGAGACGAAGUCUAUAUCAAAUUAGAUGGCGGGAAAGCCCAUGGAGGGAACAACAACAAAUACAGCACGUUUUCUGGAUUUAUUAUUUACGCUGACUGAUAAUGCAGAGACUAAGCUUAUCAUUCUGAGUUUGAACACUGGAUGCGUAUGGCUAACGUCAGUGAAUCAAGGAUCCCAGGGGAUGCCAAUGGCAGGGCACCUCGGUUGUGUAUAUGUGGGGAAAUCAAAUGCUACCUGACUCACAUCUGUAUCACUCAGAAACAUUAUGUAAAAAAUAUCAAAGCAAGAUAAGCAGAUGUGUGAUCCACUACCGCCAAAGCAAAUACUCCUUAUCGUUAGUGUCCAUGUGAAUGAAGUCCUAUAUAGAUCACAAAUUUUUAUAGACAAAUCUAAGACAUUGAAUUAUUUCUUCAAUAUAUAUGAUACUUUGGUGUACUGUGAUCUUGCUGCUUUUAUCCAUAUGUCGGCUUUGGUUCUUGUGAGUUUACCUGCUUAUUAUGAUACUUGGAGUCCAUUCAUAGCGUGGGGAAGAAUGAUUUUUACCCUGCAGGAGAAGGUCUAAUUGAAAUAAUGCUGCUUGUCCCCAAAGAAAUUGUUUGCCUUGUACUCUUGUUAACUUUAGAGCUAGACCUGGGAAUGAUUCUACUUCAAGCCUUAACCUGGAAUUUUCUGGAUUUGAGGGAAUUCCCAAGCCUAUGAUCAUUUUCACAUUUUCUUUUUCUUAUAUGAAUUUUCUUUUCUCUCUUUUCUGGUGAUAGUCUUUAAAAAUAGAGAUUGACAGUGUAUCAUAGGAUUACCCUCUAAGUGUGAAAAUGUGUAAUUAUGUACGGUAUUUAGAAAAAGCCCUUAUGUGUCCAUUUUGUCAACUGAAUACAUUUAGAUUCACUGGGAAAGUCAGAGAAAUUUAUUCUUUAGUAUCAAAUCAAGCCGAGGCUUUUGCCAUCUUUGGAACAAAAGAUUAUUCAUAACCCAAUGCACAAAGGUUUAAUUUGAGCUGCUGCAUACGUCACCAAGGGGACACUAGGUGAGGCCUUCAAACGGUUACUACAAGUCUGUGGCCUGAGGUUAUUUCAAAAUUAACAAUUUCACAUAUAACCAAUAUGACAACAGUGUUUAUAUUUUAUACAAAUAUCUGCUAAACAUGCAUACAUAUACUCACACACACAUAUAUAUGUUAGAUGAAAUGUUUUAUAUACAUGUAAAACAUAUACAUAUAAAACAUAUAUAUAUGGCUUUAUUCCAUAGGGCACAGUGGCUGUAUAGCCUCAAAAUUUUAAUAUAAAGAAGUAUAUGCAUAUAUACACAGACAAACAUGCAUAAAUUAUUUAACUUAUUUUGGGUUAAAAUAUAUUUUGAAUGACAAUAUAUGGAGUAGCAAAAACAGUUAAAACAACUUCUCUUUAAGAGUUAUCUAGAAAAUUAAUUGUAUUAGGUAAAAAUGCCCUUUAUUUUACAGGUCUGUAAGUUAAGGCUAUGGUUGUUGUAUUACCAUAUGCCAAUCAAUACUUUAACUGCAUUCUGUGACAGAUUGUUAAUAUGAGGACUGCAGACACCAAGUGGCUCUCCUUUGCAGUGUUUAUGAAUUAUACGCAUUUGAGCUAUCAAUUUUUUUUCUUUUUUCUCAGGUGGACUGAAGCUGACAGUACAGUAGAUUUGGAGAGUAAUACAAAUCUUUUCUUGCUGGUUAGAACACACUGCCAAAAGCCAUCUCUUUCAUCUAAGGAAAAGAUUAAAAAUGCAUGUUGAUAUCUCCUAACUAUCACAUAACUUCCACUAUUACAAUGAAAAAUCUGUUCCCCUUUCAUUGCCUUUGAAAACUCUUUGACAAGUAGAUUUCAAAAACAGAAAUUUUAAAAAUUUGCUUCCUUUACUGGUGAAGGACACUUGCAUUUUUUUUAUUUAAAGGAAUUAAUUUGUUCUCCUGGCUCAUUCUUCUUUGUUACUUUCUGUUCCAAUACACAGAAAGCUUGAACAUCUCUGAUCAGCCAAAAUAUCUUUUAUUUAGCAAAGCUCAACUUCCCAAGAGUUAUGCAUGGUGUGCCUAUCUGAAGGUGGUGUUAGCUCUGUUGAAAUGCCUGCGUCUGAGUAACUGUCAUGAUUUUUAUGAUUAAAAACAAACUUUUCAUCAAGAAUAAGGACAAAUUCUAAUUGGCCUUUGUGAUAUGUAAGAUAACUCAUAAAUGAAUCACAAUGGAUUUUAUUUCGAAUUAACUAUAUAUUUAUCAAAGAGGAAUUGGCAGCAAGGGUUUGGAGAAUAUUUUUAGGUGCCAAAUAGCAUAGUGAAGAUUCAACCAAAAGAUGAAUUUAUAAGCAGCAGUGGCCAUCACCUAAGUGUUUUAACUAAGAGUUUUAAAAAAUGCUUUAUUUACACAAAAUAUCAGGGCUGGAUACCUUUUAAAGAGGAGGCUCUAGUAUCAGGCUGUCAUUUCCAAUAGAUCUGACCUUUUCUUCAGAUAAAUAAGCAUUAUUUUCUCUGUUUAGGUCCAAGGAAAAACACACGGUAAAGGAAAUAAAGGGAAUAUAUAUAAGGCAAACAUUUCUCCUUUUUUUUGCAUUAUAUCUUAUCAGUUAAUUAAAUUGUGGCCUUUGUUAUUAUAAAUGUAAUGAUUCAUUAAACUAUAUUAUGUAAUA